CCGCUCGGCGCGUCCUCACUGCCCUGACUAGACAUGGCGCUGGCUAGCGUGUUGCAGGCGCCGUUGUCGGUGAAUCAGCGCGGGUUUUUCGGACUCGGGGGUCCCGCCGAUCUGUCGGACCUAGGCCCGGGAAGUCCCAGCGAUGGGUUGAGCCUGGCCGCACCCGGCUGGGGCGUCCCGGAGGAGCCGAAGAUCGAAAUGCUCCAUGGAACCACCACCCUGGCCUUCAAGUUUCGUCAUGGAGUCAUUGUCGCUGCCGACUCCCGAGCCACUGCGGGCGCCUACAUUGCCUCCCAGACGGUGAAGAAAGUGAUCGAGAUCAACCCCUACCUUUUGGGCACCAUGGCUGGGGGCGCCGCUGACUGCAGCUUCUGGGAGCGACUCUUAGCCCGACAGUGCCGCAUCUAUGAGCUGCGCAAUAAGGAGCGCAUCUCCGUAGCUGCAGCCUCCAAGCUGCUGGCCAACAUGGUGUAUCAAUAUAAAGGCAUGGGACUCUCCAUGGGCACCAUGAUCUGUGGCUGGGAUAAGAGAGGCCCUGGCCUCUACUAUGUGGACAGUGAAGGCAACCGGAUCUCAGGAGUCACCUUCUCUGUAGGCUCUGGCUCCGUAUAUGCUUAUGGGGUCAUGGAUCGGGGCUACUCCUAUGACAUGGAGGUGGAACGCGCCUAUGAUCUGGCCCGUCGAGCCAUCUACCAAGCAACCUACAGAGAUGCUUACUCAGGAGGAUCUGUCAACCUCUACCACGUCCGGGAGGAUGGCUGGAUCCGAGUCUCCAGUGACAAUGUAGCUGACCUGCAUGACAAGUAUAGUGGAUCUGCCCGCUAAAGGAGGGUGGAUGUGACCACUCACAUUCUUUGGGGUGACUUUUUUUCAAUACAAGUACAGCACCCUGUUCCAUAAUGGCAGGGCCCCAAAUUGUAUCGGUCAUUUUUUUAAAAGCUCUGGAGCUUUGACCUCAGUGAUACUAAUUAAUGAGCUGCUCCAGAGUGAUUUCUUGUUUAACUUUCUUGUCUGUUACCAUUACACUACUCAACCUCA